GCCUCGCGCCACCCCUCCCCUCCCCAGCUCGGGACGUAUCCCGGCUGCCCGCUCCCGGGACCGUUCCGUGUCGGUCCCCGGGCAGAGCGUGCGCAGACGCCGGCCGGCUGAGUCCUCUCCGCCCGGGGCUGGAGGCGGCGUGCGGGCCUCGCCGCGGGGCUGGGGCGAGCCGAGGGGCGCGGGCCCGGAGCCGGGAUGCCGGAAGGACCAUCUGUGAGGAAGUUCCACCACUUGGUCUCCCCCUUUGUGGGGCAGCAGGUGGUCAAGACAGGGGGCAGUAGUCAGAAGCUGGACCCUGCCAGCUUUCAGUCGCUGUGGCUCCAAGACACCCAGGUCCAUGGAAAGAAAUUAUUCCUUAGAUUUGAUCCAGAUGAAGAACUCGGGUCCCUUGGCAACAUCUCACUGCCAGAGUCUCUAGAAAAAGGAGAGAGGAAGGGAGAGGCUCAGGACCCAAAGCAGGCCUCAGGGCCCAGCAGCCAGAAAAUCUCGCAGCAGUCCUCUCCGUCCCCGGAGCUUGUGGCUCCCCGUGGAGACAGUGGUGUGGAGCAUUUGUGGGGGGACACGCCUGCAGGAGGUCCUGAGAGGUGGCUGCAGGUCGGCUUUGGUUUGUUUGGCAGCAUUUGGGUGAACGAGUUCUCCAGAGCGAAGAAAGCAAACAAGAGGGGCGACUGGAGGGACCCCACUCCCAGGUUGGUCCUGUACUUUGGUGGUGGCGGCUUCCUGGCAUUUUAUAAUUGUCAGAUGUCUUGGAGCUCUUCCCCAGUGGUCAGACCCACCUCUGACAUCUUGUCGGAAAAGUUCGAUCGAGGACAAGCCUUGGAAGCUCUGGGCCAGGAGCAGCCUGUCUGCUAUACACUGUUGGACCAAAGAUACUUCUCAGGCUUAGGGAACAUCAUUAAGAAUGAAGCCUUGUACAGAGCCGGGAUCCAUCCCCUCUCUCGGGGCUCGCUCCUCAGCCCUCAGCGCCUCGAGGCCCUCGUGGAUCACGUGGUGCAGUUCAGUGCGGACUGGCUUCAGGGCAAGUUCCAGGGCAGGCAGCAGCACACGCACAUCUACCAGAAGGAGCAGUGCCCUGGGGGGCACCGGGUCAGGAGAGAGGCCUUUGGGCCCCCGGGUGGCUUCCAGAGGCUCACGUGGUGGUGCCCACAGUGCCAGCCCAGGCUGCCCGCCGACGAGCAGGCACAGGUCCAGCUCUCCUAGGGGGCUCCCUCCUGUCUUCACAGACCCUGGCCCUUUAGGGGCCCUGAUUCCUGAAUGUCCAGAAAGGGGGUGCUGUCAGUGUUUGGGCCUGGCCACAGGAGCUAGAGGGCGGGGUGGGGCAGGGGGGUGGACGUCAGGAGUGUUGCCAGCCCCACCUCACUGGCUAGGUUGAAGGCGGUUCUUACAGGGUUAGGUUUUUUUUUUUUUUCCUUCUUUCAUUUUGGUUCAUUCUUCCCAUCCAAUUCUGCCAUUGUGAAAGAUGAGGAAAAGUCGUGAGGACGAUAGAGGGGAACACUUACGCAGUGCGGCAGUGAAAAUGAAAGCACCUGGAAGACAGCUGUGCCGCAGCAUUGCUUUGCAGGUGUUUGGUUUUGCGUUUGAAACCUUGGUUGGUUGUAAGGCCCUCCAUUUGAGAAGCAGGACAACGGAAUUCUCUUUCUUUGUUCCCCUGGAGGGAUCCAGGGGUGAGGGUGGAGUAGUGCGUGAGAGGUCAGCCUCCUGCCUGGAUCCUUUCCCGUGGGUUGGAGACCCCAGGAGAAGGGUGGGAGGAGGAGAGGGCCCAGAGAAUUGGCCACCUCCCUGCUGUUGCCCGUGGGCUUUAGAAAAAAGCUACUUAUCUCCUCCAUAAGGUGAUAUAUUUGUGACUGUUGGUAUGUUGAACAGUGUAGGAAUUGAGGGGGUAGAGACACACUGUCAGGUUGUUAGCAACAACUAGAAGAAAGUAGGACAGUGACAUGAAAAUAAAGCUCUUUGUUAUUUU